CUUGUCCAUCAGAGCUCGGAGCUCAUAGCCUUGCUGUUGAUCUCGGGUUGUCUCAGGCUCUGCCAAUGCCAUCAUCCUUGUGAACGAAAUUCCCAUAGUCGACAGUACUCUAGUGUAGCAUCGCAUAGCUUCGCUUCCUGUAGAAGGAGCUCGAGACGUCGUCAACAUGCGCCGAACGCCAACGAGCAGAUGACCGCGAGCCCUUGACCUGCACUGCUACACCUCCUCCUCCAGCACUCGUACACAUACCCUAACGCAAAUGCAAAGCCCGCCUAUCAAGCGCUGAGUUGCGAGCUGCGAGCUGUCUCCACGGUGGGUCACAGUGGACUCGCCAUCACAGGAUAAACAUGUCGUCGCUUUCCGCAAGCACAAGCUUGUCCAGCAUCAUGGGGGACACCACUUCCACGGCAUCUGCAUCUGUAUCUGCAUCGCUGGCUACAGCAAUGUCAAAGGCUGUAACCGGGACGGAUCCCCCUCCAAGCUCGUCAUGGCUCUGGGUUUUUGGCCGAACGAUCGUGGCCAUAAUUCAUUUUGUACCAGGUGUUCUCUACCGGUUGAUCACUUUUACGACUAUCACGAUGCCCUCAUUUCUCUUCACACUCUUUUCCACCAGUCUUACGGUUACCAUGAAUGCAACCACUUUGUAUGUCUCCCCACAUGUGCUUCUAUGACUGCGGUCAACAGCUAAUAUAUAUACCUUUUGCAGAAUGUUAAUUCUGGUCGCAUUCAUGUCAACUAUAAGUUGGUUUGUCCGUUAUAGGUUUCUAAAUAUGUAUGCCCGUUUACCUCCGGAGCCACAGCGAAAAGAGCCUCAAGUAGAUCUCUAUCCGGAUACGCAGGAGGAAGGGUCCAAGUCGGGAUUCUCCAAUUACCUUGACGAGUUCUUGAGCGCGAUCAAAGUGUUUGGGUAUUUGGAGAGACCCGUUUUUCACGAACUUACCCGAAGCAUGCAGACACGGAAACUGAUAGCGGGCGAAACGUUGAAUCUGGAGGAGGAAAAAGGUUUCUGCUUAGUAGUCGAUGGUCUGGUGGGGAUCUUUGUCAAAUCAUCUAGAGAAAGCCACGAAUCUGAAUCCGAAACGAUAUUCAACCAGAAUGGUUCGGAUAGUGGUGAUGAAAACAAUAUGGGUAGUGGGCACCAGGGUUAUCAAUUGUUGACCGAAGUAAAGAACGGGGCCCCCAUGUCCUCUCUUUUUUCCAUUUUGUCUCUCUUUACCGAGGAUGUUAAAUUGAGACACGAGGAAGAGGAUCACGUAGAGUCAAGUGCUUCAAGUGCUGUUUUCCGUCAACAUGGAUUUCCCUCAGCUGCCGGGCUUGAGUAUGAUCACCCUCAUCACGACACGCCUCCCUCACUUCCUACCAGUCCCAUAUACGGUGCCCCUCCCAAUGAGCUUAGUAUUGAGACUCGGCGAGAUCGGCGAUCUUCGACUAUGAUGAGCUCUACGCCUGGCGGCGCUCUUCCAAUUGGGAGGGUACCGCCCCUGUCGCUCGAUGCUGCAGAGAGUCCGAAGCCGAGACCUAAAGCCAGAAGGAUCAGUACCCAUUCCGCACACCCAGAUAUAGUGGCCAGGGCUACGGUUGAUACUACCAUUGCUAUCAUUCCAGCCAGUGCGUUCCGUCGAUUGACAAGAGUUUAUCCCAAAGCUACUGCACAUAUUGUUCAGGUCAUUUUGACAAGACUGCAAAGAGUCACUCUUGCUACAAGCCAUUCCUAUCUUGGUCUGACUAGUGAGGUUCUUAGGACCGAAAAGCAUAUGAACAAAUAUACGACAUACGAGUUGCCCAACUUCCUCCGUGGUGAUGCGUUGGAGCGUCUUAAGGAGAAGUUCACUCGUGAGCGGGAACGAAUUGGUCCUGAGGAAGGCAGCAAGGGAAUCGCAUUGCACAACUCUGGUGCUGGCAGAAGACGUCGAUCCAGUAAUAGUCUUCGAAAAGAAGCCACUAUUCAUGCAUCAUCCACCAAAGCAUCCUCCGUCAAAGGAUCUUCUCCACUAAAUGACAGCAACUUUGAUGGGCCAGCUCCUCGCGACUCAAGCACAAAUCCAAGCCCGGGUGAUCUACUAACCAACAUACAAAUGUCGCGCUCUGGGGGGAGAAAAAUCAGCGGACUCGCUAGCCAAGGAGCUGCCUCUUUCAAGGGACAAGCUCCAGAAGUUUGGCAUCAUGAUACGCAGAGUCCACUUGCACAACGGACUUUUAAUCCCUUUGCACAUACUUUGAGGCCUCGCGUAACACUACACCGCCAGGAGUCUAUAGAUGAAGAUAGCAUGUUUCGUGGGUCCAUUUUGGAAUGCAUUUUCAAGGCUAUUGGUCUUACAAACACAAAAAAUGCCCUGAAAAUGUCGGACUCUGUUGAAGGUUCGCCAAGGCUCGUCUCUUACGACCAGAGAAGGCAGAAGGCAGUAUUCAGCAGUAAUGCAUUUGGAUUCAUAGACCCUUAUGAGGGCUCCAUUGAUGCGGAAACAGAAUCAGUGACCUCCGGAAUAAGUGUAGGCGGAUUCCCAAGUACCAAGGGGUUAGCUCAAGAAUUGAAAGACGAAGUGGAAAUCGUACAUUUUCCCAAAGGGUCUGUUCUUGUCGAACAAGGGGAGCGAAACCCGGGCUUGUACUACGUUAUAGAUGGCUUCCUCGAUGUGAGCGUCCCUGUGGACGAGAAAUCACCAUCUACUGUCCUCGGGCCAUCGCAUCGACCCUCGACCAAACCUGGGGAAGAUGGCCUUUCUCCGCUUGCUCAUAUCGUAACUGGCUCUUCUCGAACGUCUAUACCAGGAACGUCAAAUACCAAUGACGCAAAAAAACGCAAAUCCAAGGGACGUAAAACCCUUUCUCUCAUCAAACCAGGUGGAAUUGCUGGGUAUAUUGGUACAAUUUCAGCUUAUCGCUCUUUCGUUGAUGUCGUGGCUAAAACCGAUGUUUACGUUGGUUUCUUGCCACGCUCAUCUUUGGAAAGAAUUGUGGAGAAAUACCCGGUUGUUUUGCUAACAAUGGCAAAACGCUUGACAAGCCUGUUACCCAGACUGAUUCUUCACAUUGAUUUCGCCCUCGAGUGGGUCCAAGUCAGUGCCGGCCAAGUCAUUUACCACCAAGGCGAUGAUAGCGAUGCAAUUUAUAUCGUCCUGAACGGGCGUCUGCGACUGGUUUUGAAUAAUGACGAAGCUGAAAUGAAAGUAGUGGGCGAAUACGGCCAAGGCGAGAGUGUGGGCGAGCUUGAAGUCAUGACAGAGUCUACUCGUCCAGCUACACUCCAUGCUAUUCGCGACACGGAGCUGGCAAAGUUCCCAAAGACCCUAUUCAACAGUCUCGCACAAGAGCAUCCAGGCAUCACCAUUAAGAUAUCCCAAAUUAUUGCGUCGCGUAUGAGAGCCUUGAUCGAGGAUCCAAUUUUCGACCAAGGCAAGGAAAAGGUGACAGGAGCCAAGAGUAACAAGGUCUCUUCCACUGUCAAUUUAAGAACCGUAGCAAUUCUACCAGUGACCGCUGGUGUGCCAGUCGUUGAGUUCGGCAGCCGUCUGAUGAAUGCACUGUCCCAGAUAGGGGCACCUAAUGGCGUCACGUCGCUUAAUCAAGCUGCAAUUCUCAAUCAUCUCGGUCGGCAUGCAUUUAGUCGCAUGGGGAAACUGAAACUGUCGCAGUAUCUUGCUGACCUCGAGGAGAAGUAUGGCCUUGUUUUGUAUGUUGCCGGUAAGUUUCGCUCUCCUCUACUUGUUCUUUUGGAGUGGUUUGGACUUCAUGGGCAUUGCCCAAGUAUUCGUCCAUCAACAUGCUGAUAUAGGGAACAGACACCAAUGUAAACUCGCCCUGGACCCAGACUUGUAUCAGCCAAGCUGAUUGUAUACUACUUGUCGGCCUGGCUGAGGGCUCUUCGGCAAUCGGAGAAUAUGAACGUUUUCUCUUGGGGAUGAAGACUACUGCACGAAAAGAACUGGUUCUCUUGCACGUAGAUAGAUUUGUUCCCCAAGGGGUGACUAGAGCAUGGUUACGUAACCGGGUCUGGAUUAAUGGCGGCCAUCAUCAUGUACAAAUGGCUUUCAGGACAAGCUCUGUUCCAGUACAUCCUCAAGCAAGGAGGUUUGGAUCAGCUCUCAAACAACGGGUUCAAGUGCUUCAAGCGGAGAUACAGAAGUACACCUCUCGUAGAGUUCGACAAACUCCUCUCUACUCAGCAGACACGCCAUUCAAAGGAGACUUCCAUAGAAUUGCCCGGCGGCUUUGUGGUAAAUCGAUCGGUCUUGUUCUCGGAGGCGGAGGUGCUCGAGGUAUCACGCAAGUUGGGAUUAUCAGAGCACUCGAGGAAGCUGGUAUUCCCAUCGACAUUAUUGGAGGCACUUCCAUCGGCUCCUUCAUCGGCGCCUUGUAUGCUCGUGAUGCUGACGUUGUUCCCAUGUAUGGGCGAGCGAAGAAGUUCUCGGGGCGCAUGGCGAGCAUGUGGCGUUUUGCCUUGGAUCUAACAUACCCCUCCGCAUCCUACACCACUGGACAUGAGUUCAAUCGUGGUAUCUUCAAGACCUUUGGCAACACGCAAAUUGAGGACUUCUGGUUGGAAUUCUAUUGCAACACCACUAACAUCAGCAAGAGUCGCUCGGAAAUCCAUACGAGCGGAUAUGCAUGGCGUUAUGUGAGGGCCUCCAUGUCACUCGCUGGUUUGCUUCCUCCACUGUGCGAUGAAGGAAGCAUGCUUCUCGACGGUGGCUAUGUGGACAAUCUAACAGUUACACACAUGAAGUCACUGGGAGCGGAUGUCAUAUUUGCCAUUGAUGUGGGCAGUCUUGACGAUGAUACACCACAGACCUUUGGAGACUCAUUAUCUGGGUUUUGGGCCUUUGCCAACCGAUGGAACCCCUUUUCGUCGUACCCAAAUCCACCUACAUUGGCGGAAAUACAAGCACGACUUGCAUAUGUGUCGAGUGUGGAUGCUUUGGAGCGAGCCAAGAAUAUACCAGGGUGCCUCUAUAUGAGACCUCCGAUCGAUUCCUAUGGGACUUUGGACUUUGGGAAGUUUGAUGAAAUAUAUCAGGUCGGGUACAAGUUCGGACAAUCCUUCCUGGCAGAAAUGAGAGAGCAGAGAGUCCUCCCAUUGCUGGAUGAGACCGAAGAGAAGAAAGCUCUGAGGAGAACCAUGGCACCUCGUAGAGCCAGUAUAUAGGCGAGGUUUCUGGGGUUUCUGGUGGUGGAUUCUCAAGGCGCUUAGGAUACCCAAUCCAUUGAUUUACACUAUAAUAGAAUUGAUAGGUAGGUAGAUAUUAGCCCGCAAGUGGCAC